AUUUCGACAGUGUUAUAUGUUAAUGUUCAUGUCUAACAUUUUUUAGCUUGUAUAUCAUUUGCUUAUUUUAGUAUUUUUGGCUUACAUAAAUUUUCAAGACAAAGUCGAGGACAUUUAGUGUAUAAAUUUACAAUCCUCCUGGAUCAAACUUAAAAGAUUCUGGCCCUUCAUCCUAAUCCUUCUGGUGUAGACGAUAUUACAACGAAGAAGAGAAAACAGAAAUUAUAUCAGGCGGAAAUUUAGCUUGUAACUUAAAGCAGUGUCUUGAACAUGAAAACUUGGAACAGUAAUUUGGUUUUGAUGUUCACUUCAAUGGUAAAAUUCUCUAUCGCCGAAAGCCUUCACAUGCUUCUAUCGAUGACAUUUCUAAUGACGAGGCCCUGCUUGAGCGAAAUCUAACACAAAACUUUGUUGUCAAAGGGUCUAGUUACGUCAGUUUUGCAGUUCAAAAUACUGGAUGUCGAACGGAAAGAAUGGGGAAAAUCUCCCAACCCUACUAUAACUAUGACACUUGUGCUCGCUGUUACAACUAUAUGCCUAAUUACGUAUUUGCUACAAGAUUUAAGUACAGAGGAUAUGUGCUGAUAAAUUCUCAAAAUGAAACAUUUAUUGCGAACCCUGCUAACUUUAGCCAGAAUAUUGUGGCUAGUUUCAUGUCAGAGCGUUACGCAAAUAAGUGGAAAGAAUGUUGUCUUGCAGCUGUUGAAUGCUGUAACAAAAUGACCUCAUCUCCCCCUUGGAGUUCAAAUUCUUCCUUUUGUCCGAGAACGUGGGAUGGUUGGCUUUGCUGGCCGGAUACACAGGCAGGCGUUCUUGCGAAACAGCCUUGUCCUAGCCAUAUUUAUUGGACUGGUAAUCCUCCGAGCUGUCCAAGAUACGCAGAAAAAAAGUGUUUGCUAAACAACACGUGGUUUCAGAAGUUUCCAGGAAAAGAAUGGACUGAAUAUAAUAAAUGUGGUAUAUUGAAGAUGGUUAAAGAACGAACAUACUUCCUCAUCGGCUCUUUCGUCGUUUCUGUGAUUGCCUUGAUUCCAGCUAUUAUCAUCUUUUUUGUCUACAGACAAUUUCACCUACCAAAGUAUAUUAUGCACAAGAACUUGUUUACCUCAUUAUUAUUGAAUGCUGUGGUCGUCAUUGUUUUCAACUCCGUUUUUAAGCUCCAAGAAUUACGUGUAAACAGUGAAACCGACGACUCUGUACUAAACCAAAAUGGCAGUGGCUGUAAGAUACUUCUGAUCUUAACUAAGUACUUCAGAAUGACGACAUAUAUGUGGAUGUUCUGUGAAGGUUUUUAUCUUCAUAAACUAAUUGUAGCUGCCUUCGCUAAACAGACGAACAUGAUUGUAUUCUAUGUCACUGGAUGGGUAUCUCCAGCACUUAUAGUGGGUAUUUACGGCAUUUUACGGAAAAUAUUAAAGGACGAGAGGUGCUGGUCCCAGUCUCUGGAGCCCUAUGAGUGGAUAUUGACUGCACCAAAUUUAUUGAGCUUAGUGUUUAACCUGUUGUUCCUGUGUAAUAUCAUCAGAGUGUUGGUUAUGAAAAUGAGAGCAGUUCAGACCAAUGAGCUUAACCAGUACAGGACAGCUGUGAAAGCAACGAUGGCACUAUUUCCACUAUUUGGCGUUCAUCUGUUCUUGGUGAGUUUUACACCUCAGUCGAUGGAGUGUGAAGCUCUAAAUAUUUACUACUAUUUCCAGCACAGCAUCGACGGUUUACAGGGGUUUCUAGUGGCUUUAAUAUUUUGCUACCUAAACAGAGAGGUUUUGGAUGCACUCACAAAAUCCUACAUACGGUAUAAAAAGCGCCAACAAACUCCUGGUCAUACGGCUAUUUCCACGAAGAGGUCUAAGUUAUCGAUGUCAACUCAUGUAUCUUACGUUCAGUCACAGUAGCAGAUGGUGGACAUAGCAACAAGCUAGCCUCUCGUUUAUAACAAACUGACAUUUCAAAUUCUUAUAGUUGGCCAAAAUAUUUGUUUUAAACAUUAUAACUCGAACAAUAUAUUUCAAGUUAUUGUUAUAUGAUAAUAUAUAGCAAACAAUCUUCAUGUGUUUGGGUUAAUUACAACUUUCCCAAAAUUUAUUUAUUUAUUGAUUUGAACAAAAACACUGUCCCACAGCCUUUAUUAAAGUAAUUGUUUCGUAUUAUAUUUAUUGUGUGUUAUUAGACAGUUACAUUCAGGAAAUGUUUCGAAGAAACACUGAUGUAAACGUUAUAUGGUUGUGACACUAUAACCACUGACGCAAAACAGUUUUGUUUUGAAAAGAAUGUUUAUAUAAAUAUCUGAAAAAAUAACAUAUAUUUAAUAACCAAGUUCGCUAUUUUACAUAAUAAGUAAUUGAAUGGAUAAAUAGAUGGCAUCAAAAUCCAUUUCAACAAAAUGAUUUCAUUUAAUUGAUGAAAAAGUGGGGAUGACGAAGACAGUGUUGAUAAAUAUCAACAAAUAUAUAUUUAAAAUCGCUGCAAAAUAGAUUGUUUAAUACUAAACUAUUUUACUGUAUUCUUUUUAUAAAGAAUCAUAACUCAUUUUAUUAAAGAAAAAAGAUUCAAAGUAAAGUAAGAAAUUGAUAUAAAAACAGCUUCAGUACAGAAACAGUUAUCCAACUGGUUAAAGUGUACGAGUAAGAACAGCUGAAACAUAAAAGCUCAAUAGAAACUCGGGAUAGGUAUUUCAACUUCUGGUCCUCACAUGCAAUAGAAAAAAAUUGUUGUUGUUGUUUUUUUUAUAAAUUAAACACAAAUGCCCAUAAAGGCUCAAUUGAAAGAAACUAGGGGAUAAGCAUUCGAACUUCCGGUCCCAAUAUGCAAUAUAAAAAUAUUAGCAAACAAUAUCCGUUUGUUUGUUGUUGUUUUUUAUAAAUUGUGUUUCGAUUAUUAUGCCUAAUAGUUUUACAACAACAUGAUGUUGAAACUGAUAAUUUAUCAAAAUGAUAUACUACUGUCUAACUGCUUGAUCUAGUUCCAUUGUUUAGAUUAUAAAAAUAGUCACGUUUCAUCCAUGUUGGUACUUUUCAUGUGCUUGGUAAUAUCACACAACUGUUUUGAACACCUUUUUUCACUAAAAUUUUAUUUUUAUAAUUUCACAACAUUUAUUAGCAACUCAAGUCGGGAACGCUCUUCGAAACAAAGUAUUACUGAAAUGCUAUUAAAUGGGAUUCUACUGUUAAAACUUAUAUUAGCCUGCUUUUGGUAUUUUCUGUCUUAUUACAGCACGAAAUACUUACCAAACUGCUUUACUAUAGACGAUGAUGGGUUGCUUCUCAGUUACGCCUGUUGUGUAGUUUUCUUAAAUACUAUUUUAGCAAUUCAAUAUGGAAGUUUGGGGGGGGGGAUGUUACGCAUUUGUAAAUUUAUCACUUAGUAAGAAGAUGAAUUUCAAAGAAUGCUUUAGCCAAUUGCUUUAUUUAUAUCAAUUUUUUUCAAAUAUUAAAUGCCGUUGAUUCUUGAUUUACAUUAUUUUUAAUAAGUAGAAAUUACAAAUAUUUGUCAAUGUUCUUCUUCCUGUCGUAUAAUCAAUUGGGGCGUUUCAUAUGAAAUGCUUUUCUCUGGUAGUUUCAUCAAAUAGAAAUAAAAAAUUGUACAUUAUCGAAAUUUGAAUAAAGAACUCUGAGAUGUAAGAAAUUUUUAGACUGACUUAUUCGAACUGUCAAACAUAAGUCAUUUUAAAACAAGAUGGGUUAA